AUGACUAGAAACGACAACGUUCGGAUCACUUCAUGCUCCCUGAAGCUACACCAUUAUGAUCUUUCUCCUCCUCUAUUCUCUUCUCCUCCUCCUUUAUUCUCAAACCUCCUCGAAAAUACACAAAGAAGCCCGCCAAAAUUUCCCAAUUUCAAAUUCAACCCCAAAACCUCCCUCUUCCUCAACUUCACUAAGCCCCUAAAGUUUCCAAAUUUCUUCCACUCCCGUCCUCCCCUGAAGCCGCUGUUUGCUUCCAUCUCGACUUCUCAGAACAAUGGCGGCGGCGGUUCAGGUGGGGCGACUCAGUCGGUGCCGGCGGCGAAACGUUCGAGUUGGGGGGAAAAGAUAAUUUUGAUCAGCGAAGUGUUGGUGCGGAACAAAAACGGGGAAGAACUUGAAAGCAAGGAUUUGGAAGCGGAAGCAUUGAAUGCCUUGAAGGCGUCUCCCCCGAAUUAUGCUCCACCUCUUCGUGACGUUCGAGAAGAUGUCCGCAAAAUCCUUGCUACUGGAUAUUUCUCCUCUUGCAAUCCCGUGGCAAUUAAUACCCGGGAUGGCAUCCGGCUUGAGUUUCAGGCUCUUAGCUUUAUCCAAUUUUUAAUUCAUAUCAACUUGUUUUGGCAUAAGUUUUUGGAGGACACUUUCCGUGAUGGAUAUGGAAAGGUGAUUAACACCAGGCAUCUGCAUAAAGCUACAAAUUCGAUUGAUGGUUGGUACACGGAGAGGGGUCUUGUUGGAAAGGGUGAUUGGAGUUUCUUAAUCCUGGUUGAUUCUCAGGUAUCAGGUUUGCUAUCCUAUCAGGAGGAAUCAUUGGAAUUCAAAUGUCAGAAACAGAAUGGAGAGCCAACUGUCGGGAACACAAGGCCAGAAACGAUUCUGCGUCAACUUACUACCAAGAUAGGCCAGGUAUACAGUGUGCUUCAGGGCAAAAAGGAUGAAAAUACACUCUUAGCCAUGGGCAUAUUGGAAGGUGCUAGUAUAGUACCCCAGCUUGCUGAAGAAUCGCUUGGACAAUUGAUGAUCACGAAUGGGUCUCUUGCUGGAUUGAUUGGAAGCUUCACUAUACACCAUAAUAAUCUCUUUGGGAAGAACCAAAAACUUAAUUUAUCACUGGAGAGGGGAAAAAUCGACUCAAUAUUUAAGAUCAACCACGCAGAUCCAUGGAUUGAAGGAGAUGAUAAGAGGACGUUAAGGUCAAUCAUAAUUCAGAAUUCAAGAACCCCUGGUACUCUUGUCCACGGAACCCAGCCUGAUAAUGGUAACUUCACCGUUGGCCGUCUCACUGCUGGAAUUGAAUAUGGUCGGCCAAUUAGACCAAAGUGGCAUGGAUUCGCAGGGCUUACUUUUCAGCGUGCUGGUGCUCGGGGUGACAGAGGCAAUCCACUUAUAAGUGAUUUUUAUGGCAGCCCACUUACUGCAAGUGGCAAUGCCCAUGACAAUAUGUUGCUUGCUAAAGUUGAAACUAUUUAUACUGGUUCUGGGGAUCCUGGUUCUUCAAUGAUUUGUUAUCUUGAUUUCAAAAUGGAACAGGGGAUUCCUUUAUUGCCAGAGUGGCUUGUUUUUAACAGAGUGAAUGCACGUGCAAGUAAGGGUUUAAUGGUUGGUCCUGCUCACCUUGAUUUAAGUGGCAAUGGUGUGCGAGGCUAUGAAGGAGCCCUUGGAUCGGGCCGUUCUUUCUUAAUGGGUUCUGGAGAACUUUCAUUCCCAUUGACAGGGCCAGUGAAAGGGGUCGUAUUUGCUGAUUAUGGGACUGAUCUUGGAUCUGGACCUACAGUUCCUGGUGAUCCUGCUGGUGCAAGGCUGAAGCCUUGUAGCGGAUAUGGUUAUGGAGUUGGUAUUCGUGUGAUAACGCCUUUGGAUCCGCUGAGGCUUGAGUAUGCAUUUAAUGAUCAACGAAUAGGGAAGUUGCAUUUUGGUGCUGGCUAG